AAAAAAAAAAAAAAAAAAAAGGAGCAGGAGAGGGGAGAGCUAGAGGGCUGUGCAGAGCGAGUAGCUCGCAUUUCUGGGAUGUUUAAACUGGAGCAGCCUUUCUAUUGUGUGUAAUUUGUCUGUCUGGCAAGCAAAUAGCACAGGAAAGAGUUAAAGCAGCAUGCUCAUUCCUCUCAACCCGCGGGCCGGCCCUUGUUAGUUGAUUGCACCGUUACCUAGAGGAAACAAAGUUGCAACUUCCAAGCGACCACUGAGUGCGAUUUCCAAGUUCUGUGUGAUGCCUGCAGCGUCCCUAGUGCCUGCAUCUGUGCUCAUGUAAGCCCGAGCCGCUGCAGCCUUAUGACAAGGGACUAUGGGAAACGGUAUGUGCUCUAGGAAACACAAGAGGAUUUUCCAGGCUCUCGCCUGCCUGGCCGUGGCCAUAGGAUUUGUCUAUGGAGCGAUGUUGAACUAUCACCUGCAGAAUGGACUGAAAAGGGCAGAGACUGUGGCACUCAAGUACCAGCAGCAUCACGAGUCGCUCUCGGCGCAGCUGCAAGUGGUGUAUGAGCACAGGUCACGACUAGAAAAAUCAUUACAGAAGGAAAGACUGGAACACAAAAAAGCUAAAGAAGAUUUCCUUGUUUAUAAAUUAGAAGCACAAGAAACAUUAAAUAAAGGAAGGCAAGAUUCCAAUAACAGAUAUAAUGCUAUGAGUGUACAACAUGAAAUGUUAAAGAGUCAACAUGAAGAGUUACGGAAACAGCACAGUGAGCUGCAAGAAGAACAUCAGAAACUGGGGGAAGACCUCACAAAGACAUACAGCAAUCACAAAGAGAGGUAUUUACUUCUGCAGCAAGAAAAGGAGCUGGAACACUCCAAGCUAAAAGAAAGUAUCUACAAUCUUCGUGAAGAGAAUAAACAGCUUAGGAAGGCCCAUCAGGAUGUCCACAUCCAGCUCCAAGAUGUCAAGCAACAGCAUAAGAACUUGCUCUCUGAACAUGAACAAGUUGCAUUGAAUUUGGAAAACCACAAGAGUGCGCUAGCUGCCGCACAGAGCCAGGUAGAAGAGUUUAUGCAGUUAAAAAAAACACUCAAUAAAAUGUCAAGCCUACGCCAACCAGAAAAGACCACUGACCCAACAGAACAAAAUCAUUCACCAAACAUUGUACCCAUUCAGGAACAUGCGACAGAACAAGCGAUUAUGACAAAUGUUCAGACUCGGCAAGUAGUGGAUCAUAUCAUCAGGUCAAGUGCUGCUACCAAUGAUGAGGCGGUACAGCUGAACAAAGUGAAAACUAAUCUCGACAUGCCAAAAGAAGACACUAGGCCAUGGCAAGAGACAGCGACACCCACUGAGCAUCCUGUUGAAGUAGAAGAAGAACACAAAAAGGAACUGGAGGAAGAAGAAAUGGAACAGGCUGGAAAGCCAGAACGUUUAGUUGAAGAACAAGAUCAAGUACAAGAGGAACAGGAGCAAAGCAAGCCAGAAGAAGAGGACCAUGCAUUGGAAGGAAAUCAGGAGGAGCAAAAGCAAGAGGAGACCAACAAUAUACAAGGAAAUAAACAUACUGAGAGGGAUUCAACACGAAUGCCUCAGAGCAAGAACAGAUCUGCCUAUGAGGAGCAGCUGGAGCAGCAGCAACUAGCAGCACGACAAAUGGAGGAAGCGAGACGCCUCAAAGAGCAACAGGAUCUGAUUCACCAACAGAGGCUCAAAGAGCAUCUUCUCCGCCAGCGGCAACUACAUGAUAAAGACCGUCAACUGCAGAGGCAAAAUAAAUAUAAAGAGGAACAACUUGCUGAGAAGCUAAGGAAGCAGGCAGAGUAUGAGAAUGCUGACCAUGAUAUCGUACAAGGAGAAGAACAACCUAUACAGCAGGAGGAAGCAGCUUAUGAAAGGGAUGAUCACCAAGAUGAGGCAGAAGACAUAGACACUGCUAAUAAUGCGAAUGAGGAGCAAGCCUUGGAUCAAGAAGCUGAAAGUAGAGAGGGGCAAGAGAAGGCUGCUGCAGAAGAUGUGAAUCCAGCCGACGAUCCAAAUAACCAAGGGGAAGAUGAAUUUGAAGAGGCAGAACAAGAUCGAGAGGAGAACCUGCCCGACGAGAAUGAGGCACAGAGGCAACAGCAAGACCAUGCUGAGGUCCAGGAGCAUUUAGCGAUGGCUGGAAACCCUGAUCAGCAAGAAGACAAUAUUGACCAGCAAUACCAAGAAGAAGAGGAAGAGGUCCAAGAAGAUUUAAUGGAAGAAAGAAAAAGGGAACAAAAUGCUGAAGAGAUGUAUGGGGAAAAUGAGGAAAAUGAAAGACAGAUUGGUGCAGAGAGAGAACCUGGUGUACAGCAUGAAGACAACAAAGAAAGAAAUGAAGAGAACUAUGAGGAAGAAGAGGAGGAGGAAGAAGACGGGGUAGCUGGGGUGAAAAAUAAGCGAAGAGCUGAAAUGUAAUGACAGCUAAUACUAUAGAAACAGAUGAGAUGCAAAUGCCAAGUUGGCCUUUAUCUUUUUCCUUUUGUAAUUUUAUAUUAGAAUAUAUUGGACCGUUAUAUAUAAAGAUUGUAUUUUUAUUAAAUCACAGUUAUUUUAAUAAUAUAGGCUUUUGUUGUAAAAAAAAAAAAAUAGUUAUCAAAGCAGACAUAUCAAAAC